GGCCGCCGCCUCCGCUCGCUCCAGCUGCCUGGCAGUCCCCACUUCGGGCACGCUGCCCGCGCCGUUACCUGCUCCAACUGCCCGGGAGGCUCCGCCCGUCGGCUCCGCUCAGCGGCCGCGCCUCUGAGUUGUCCAGCAGGCUCAGGCUCUGACACCUCCAUCCUCUGUUCCCCAAGCACCAUGAGGGUCCUUCCUUGCUCAUCACUGCCCAUGUUGCUGCUCCUUCUCCAGCCCUGGGAAACCCAGCUCCAGUUUGCAGGUCCCAGAUGCCGUACUGGGCCGCUGGAUUUGGUGUUUGUGAUCGACAGCUCGCGCAGCGUGCGCCCCUUCGAGUUUGAGACAAUGCGGCAGUUCCUGGUGGGCCUCCUCCGCGGCCUGGACUUGGGCCCUAACGCCACGCGGGUGGGCGUGAUCCAGUAUUCCAGUCAAGUGCAGAGCGUCUUCCGGCUAGGGGCCUUCUUGCGCCGCGAAGAUAUGGAGCGUGCCAUCCGCGCCCUGGUGCCCCUGGCGCAGGGCACCAUGACCGGGCUGGCGAUUCAGUAUGCCAUGAACGUGGCCUUCAGCGUGGCUGAGGGCGCGCGCCCCCCGGAGGCGCGAGUGCCUCGGGUCGCUGUCAUUGUGACAGACGGGCGACCCCAGGAUCGCGUAGCAGAGGUGGCGGCGCAGGCGCGCGCCCGCGGCAUCGAGAUCUAUGCGGUAGGGGUGCAGCGCGCAGACGUGGGCUCCCUGCGUGCCAUGGCGUCUCCACCGCUGGACGAACAUGUCUUCCUGGUUGAGUCCUUUGACCUCAUCCAGGAGUUUGGCCUCCAGUUCCAGGGCCGGCUGUGUGCCAUUGACCACUGCAGCUUUGGGAACCACAGCUGCCAGCACGAGUGUGUUAGCACCCUUGGUGGGCCACGGUGCCGCUGCAGAGACGGCCAUGACUUGCUGCCUGAUGGGAGGAGAUGUCAGGCCCGGGAUCUCUGCAAUGGUGUAGACCAUGGAUGCGAGUUUCAGUGUGUGAGUGAAGGUCUUACCUACCGCUGCCUGUGCCCUGAGGGGCGGCAACUCCAGGCAGAUGGCAAGAGCUGCAACCGGUGCCGGGAAGGCCACGUGGACUUGGUUCUGCUCGUCGAUGGCUCCAAGAGUGUGCGCCCGCAGAACUUCGAGCUGGUGAAGCGCUUCGUGAACCAGAUCGUGGAUUUCCUGGACGUGUCCCCCGAGGGCACGCGCGUGGGGCUGGUGCAGUUCUCCAGCCGCGUGCGCACCGAGUUCCCUCUGGGACGCUAUGGCACUGCAGCGGAGGUGAAGCAGGCGGUCCUGGAGGUGGAGUACAUGGAGCGCGGUACAAUGACGGGGCUGGCGCUGCGCCACAUGGUGGAGCACAGCUUCUCCGAGGCGCAGGGCGCGCGGCCCCGUGUCCUCAACGUGCCUCGCGUGGGCCUGGUCUUCACCGACGGCCGCUCCCAGGAUGACAUCUCAGUGUGGGCUACGCGAGCCAAGGAGGAAGGCAUCGUCAUGUACGCUGUGGGCGUGGGCAAGGCGGUGGAGGAGGAGCUGAGAGAGAUCGCCUCGGAGCCCGCGGAGCUGCACGUGUCCUACUCCCCCGACUUCAGCACCAUGACGCACCUGCUGGAAAACCUCAAAGGCAGCAUCUGCCCAGAGGAGGGCAUCAGCGCAGGCACAGAGCUUCGGAGCCCCUGCGAAUGUGAAAGCCUUGUGGAGUUCCAGGGCCGCACGCUGGGGGCGCUCGAGAGUCUGACUCAGAACCUCGCCCAGCUGACUGCGCGCCUGGAGGAUUUGGAGAAUCGGCUGGGCACCCAUAAGUGA